AUGAAGAGUUUCGUAAUUGCGUUUCUUUGCGUUGCCACGGCUUUCGCUGAUGUUAGCGAACUUCUAUACCAACCCGUUCCCUUGGUUCACCAUCACCACAUCGAGGAAGUGCACCACCAGGAAGCUCGUCCGUACGACAUCCUCGCGGAACAUCAUCUCCCGGAGGCACGCCCAUACGACAUCCUGGCGGAACAUGAACCCAGCACCCUGGAGCUGAACUCCGAGGAUGUUCACGUGGAAGAACCGGCCGCCGUUGCGUUCGGACUGGCUAACGAUGGCGUUGAAAUCGUGGAAGCCAUCGAAGUCCUGCCGGUGGCGGUUGAAGACAAUGUGCAACGUGUUCAGCUGACGGAAACACAUCAGGAUUACCAGGGACCGUAUCACUACGAGAAACCAAAGGUCCAGCUGGAAUACGGAGCACCGAUUGUGGUGGAGAAGGUUCCGGAAGUUGAGACAUCAAUCGUCAAAGACCAGCAGGCGGUUGAUAAUGGGUAUCUGCCUCCGAAGUAUACUCAAGAUAAUCUGGUUAAGCGGCAUGUUAAGUAUAUUGUUAGACGUCGCGUCUGAAUUGGAGGGGAUGAAAGUUGAUGUUGAUUGACCUUAAUUUGCUGUGGUAUCGAAUGCAAAAAUAUAUUUGAGACAAUCAAA